CUUGCAUAUGUACUCAAAGGUAUUCUAAUAUUCAAGAAGAGAAAAAAUAAAGUGAGAAAAAUGGAAGCAGGCAAAUGUGUAAAAGCCCCUCACUGCGCUCUAAUCAUGGGUGUACUGGUUUUGGGGCUACUUGUGGUACAAACUCCAGUUGAGGCUAAGAGCUGCUGUAAAAGCACCGUUGGAAGAAAUUGCUAUAACGCCUGCCGUUUACGAUUUGCCAGGCAAGUUUGUGCAUCAACCUGUAGCUGCAAAAUUGUUGGAGGGAACAGGUGUCCCAGAGGUUACCCCAAAGUAAGCGGCUUUCUAAACUCCGAGGAAUUUGAACAACAAACCGACGUAGAAGAUCAAGCUUCUCAAAUCAAUGAGUACUGCAAGUUGGGGUGUGUAUCUUCUGAAUGCGGUGAUAACAUGAUUACUACUCCCCGGUCCCAGACUUCCGACGAAGAGGUCCAACGAUGUAACAAUGCAUGCUUGGAGCUCUGCAACAAGCACUACAAUAUUGCAGUUGCUGUCACGGCUUAAGGCUCGGAGAUAUCACGUCCAAGCUGGCCUAAUAUAUCUUAUAUGCUACCUUUCUAUUUCGGAUGAUUGUCGUGUGUCAGUGUUGUACUGUAUAAUAUUUCGCAUAAUUGCCAGUGUGUUAUAUAUAAAGUCGUCAUGUAUGUAUGACGAAGAAUGUAUAUUGCAUUAUGUAGGUAUCUUUAAUACUUACCAUACUAUUAUCAGGACAUGCCGAUGUAUAUGUUCUGUGCUUUCGUAAGUUGAUUGAUGACAUGGUUAUGCUAAAUUGCUCUCCCACA